AUGCAACCCGUCCUCCAAUACGCAUCCGCUACCAUUGUACACCACGCCAUCUGUGAUGGCCUCCUUAUCUUAUCGCGGCAAUCCCAUUACUACAUCUGCAACCCGGCCACCCACAAGUGGGCGUCCAUGCCACAUCCUCCUCAACGACAACCAAACACCAUGGCCGUCAGCCUAGUCGGCUUCUAUCGGCACCACCCAUCUGGAGAACACCGAGUGCUAUGGGUGUCAUACCCAAUAAACGCCGCCGCCAAGGGCGAUGUAGCAGUUGAGUUGCUUGAGUACUUCGUCCUCACAGUGGGAUCGGACCAGCCAAGAUGCAUCCAAUGGCCAGCAGUUUCAGAACAAAGGUUUGUUCCUGCUAUCUGGUCCUACCAAUGCCCACCAAUCCUCCAUCGUGGUAACCUGCAUUGGCUAAUGGAUUUCAACAUAACGGUAUUUGACACCAUAGCUGAGACAUUCCGACAAAUGAGCCGCCCAGCACAACUGGGCGAUUAUGUGUCAUUGUUGGAUACGGGCAACACCCUUGCUUUGUGUCGCACUGAUCAUAACUGUGUCACUUUAGAUGUUUGGGUGUUGCGGGACUAUGAUGCCGAGAUGUGGAUCUUUCAAUACCAGAUUAACUUGUUAGUGAUGGAGGUAUCACCACCGCUUAAUUUGAAGGGGAUAGAGAUUCCUAAAAUGGCUAUGAUCAACGAGCGUGAGCUAUUGAUUGAGCAGUGUCCUUGCCGUCUUUUGCAUUGCGACAUUGAUGGUGUGCUUUUAGGCAAUGUAGAAAGCAAAGAGCACGGGAACUUCUUGACACUUACUAGGCAUUGCCUCCAAGAGAGCAUGAUUUCGCUCCCAUUGUUUGAGACACAAAAGGAAGCUAUGAACAAGGAGCCUCCAUUCGCCUUUGUGCUAUAA